AUGGAACCCAUGGCAACAGUAACACUUAAAGAUAUUAAAGAAGCACAUAAAAGAAUUGAAAAAUAUAUACAUAAAACACCUGUACUCACAAACUCUACAAUCAAUGAGUUAGCAGGUAAAGAGUUAUAUUUUAAAUGUGAAAAUUUACAAAAAACAGGAAGUUUUAAAAUGCGUGGUGCAUGUAAUGCAAUUUUUUCAUUAGAUGAAGAAGAGUUAAGUAAAGGUGUUGUAACUCAUAGUAGUGGUAAUCAUGGUCAAGCAUUAUCAUAUGCAUCAAAAGUUAGAUGUGUAAAAUGUUAUGUAGUUGUACCAGAGGAUGCACCAUCAGUUAAAUUGAAUGCUAUUUGUGGAUAUGGAGCAACUGUUACAAAAUGUAAAGCAACAUUGGAAGCAAGAGAAUCAAAUACUAAACAAUUAAUUGAACAACAUUCUUGUAAGUUAAUUCAUCCAUUCGAUAAUUUACAAGUUAUCGCAGGUCAAGGUACAGCAUCAUUAGAAUUAAUGGAACAAGUUGAGAAUUUAGAUGCAAUCAUUACGCCAGUUGGUGGUGGUGGUUUGUUAUCUGGUACUUGUAUCACUGCAAAAUCAUUAAAUCCAAAUAUUAAAGUAUUUGCUGCUGAACCAUUAGGUGCUGAUGAUACUUAUCGUUCACUGUUAUCUGGUGAAAUUCAAAAACAUACCCCUGGUAAACCAAAUACAAUCGCCGAUGGUUUAUUAACCACUGUUGGUUCUCUCACUUUUCCAAUCAUUAAAGAAAAUUGUGAUGGUGUCAUUCUUGUAACUGAAGAUGAAAUUAAAUAUGCAAUGAAAUUGGUUUGGGAAAGAAUGAAAAUAAUUAUUGAACCUUCAUCUGCAACAACAUUGGCUGCAAUUUUAAAACAAGAGUUUAAAGAUAAAAAAGAUAUUAAAAAAGUAGGUAUUAUAAUUUCUGGAGGUAAUGUAGAUUUAAGUUCAAUUUCAAAGAUUUUAAAUUAA